GACAGUGUACACACAACUAAGAUGAUAACACUCAACGCUGAAAAGUACCAGGUCACCGGUAAGAAGAGUCCAAAGAAUCAUGCAGAUGUGACGUACAUAAAUGAAAUCCUCAACAGGUACAAAGAGUGCCCACUCCUCAGAUUCUACAGGAGAACUUGAGCUCCCAACAAAAGCUUCAGGUGCAGCCAGACCAGAAGAAAGACAUGGUGUAUACCUCAUUGUGCAGGGACAUAGAUAGAGGAAAACAAAAGGCCAGCCUCCGGAUGUUAAAUCAUGAAAACAUAAGAAAAAGAACUAACAUUUGUGAUAGUUAUACCUUGAAAUAAGCUACAAGAACAAACGGAGGAAUUUAUCAGUGACAGAAAACAGGAACCCCAUCACUCCAGCAGGACUGCGAACUUUCUGAAUACUUAAUACUUCGCUUAAACAACAAUGUAUUAUGCUUCAUUUUAUUCCAACUCGUUUCGAUUCUGCUCCACAAAAAUGAAGCAUAAUACUCGGCACUCAAUUCACUUCUACAACACAUGAUUCUAACUACGUUGCAGCACAUGCAUUCACUUUGUACUAUACGCUGUUUUAAAAGGAAACCCUAACGGACACACCUACGCUUCCUAGAUGGCCUGUGAUUGGCAAUUUACCGAGGUAUCCUCUGUCUGAAGUCCCCAUGUCGGUCAGGCUGGUGGUACAAACAACAAAGGCACCCUGGACGCCCAUCACUCAUCCCGUUUGUCUGGUAGACUGCGAGGCUGGUACAAGCAAGGGGCCAUGCAGGUCUGAUGCUAAACUUGCCUUCCCAGACAAAACCUCUGUGCUCCCGUACCGGCAUUCGGCAUCUCCUUUGGUUAAAGGGCCAAGAAAUGAAUAAAGCGAGACAUAACCCAGCAAAUAGAACAGUGUCCGUUACUUCAUUUGAGACGUUUCCCGUGAGUCGGUUUUGGUUACUAGAGGAGGCAGUGUCCAAGAAAUAGCUUUCGACUUUCCCUUUUCCUUUAAAUAGACGGUACCUUGGCAUUGCUGAUGUGGCUUCAUGAUGGCAACACCAUCGAAAAUCAAAACCCUCCAGAUUUACUUCACUUUUACCUUUUGCUUUUAUCUCCUUUGUUCUCUCUGUCUUGUCCUUUUCUUUAUCUCUGCAUCUUAUCUAAUUCUAUCGUCCUGUACACUCAUCCCCUAGGUUCUCACUUUAAGCAUCUUCUCCUUGCUUCUUCAUGGAGGCAGAUGACCUUCUUAUAUUAAAAAAAUGAAGGUGGGCUUACAGUACUCACUUGCAUACAGCUCCGGCUUCACUUCUUCAACCAGAGGAGAUAGAGCUCUGGCCACCAUGGCAGGGCUCGGCACCGGGGCGGGAGCUCCUAUUGUGAAGGUGUACCAUGAGAAGUCCAUGAUCCUACCCGAUGUGUCGAGGGUGCUUGCUUGCCUGUACGAGAAAAACAUCGAGUUUGAAACUGUGAAAGAUUCGUACAAGGACAUACUCAGACUCCAGUCAACGAGGAGUGUUCCAGUUCCAUUCUACGACGGACCCACAUUUCGACAAGAGUCAAGAGCAAUCUGCCGCUAUAUAGCAGAAACCUACGAGCAGCGUGGGUAUCCUUUCCUCCUGGGGAAGGAUGUCCUUGAGAGGGCUUCCAUUGAACAAUGGCUCCGGCAUGAGGAGCAUGCCUUCGAUCCUCCGAGCCGGGCAUUGUUCUGCCACCUGGCCUUCCCUUUCCCUGACGAAGACAUGAGUGACAUCGACAGGGAGAAGAGGAAGCUGGAAGAAGUCCUGGAGGUUUACGAGCAAAGGCUUGGCGAGAGCGAGUUCCUUGCUGGGAACAAGUUCACUCUUGCUGACCUUGUUCACCUACCAAACACCCAUCACAUAGUGACAUCCGACGAGUUCGCCUACCUGUAUGACUCGAGGAAGAACGUGCAGAGGUGGUGGAAUACAAUCUCUGCACGGGACUCUUGGCAGCAGGUGGUGAGGGAUAUGCAGGACGUGGAGGAGCAGUACCAAAUGGAAGAACUGGAGCAGCAGCAGCAGCAGCAGCAGCAGCAGCAGCUGGAGCAGCAGUGGCAGUGGCAGCCAGAAGGCCCAGAACCACCGGCAACAUAUAGCGGCCGCACCAUCCGCAUAGACCCUCGAAAGCAGACAGGCACAGAGUCAAGGACAAUACUGGUUCCGCCACCCAGCGGCGGUACUAUAUCAUCCUCGUCUUUCACAGUUCAACCUCUCCCCGCAGAAACAACCUCUCAUGGUCAAAAUUCACCUGGCCAAAUAAAAGAAAGUAACUUCUUUACUACCACCGAGAAAACACCAGCACCCUCAAAGCAAAGAAGUCCCACCACUCAGAAACCACCUAGCAGUGUUCAAAGCACCACGAGUAACUUCUUUACCCCAGCAGCCCCUCCUAGCACCACCAAAAUGUCUCAGAGAACUGAUACCGACAAAUCCACCUCCAAAGAUGCCUCAUCUCCAACCAGACCCGGUCAAGGAUCAUCCAAAAAAGCUCCUGAUAAGCUCCAUCUCUCUGAUGAUGAGGCGGCAACCCUUAGCAAACCUACGCUUUCACAAGAAGCCCCCAAACCCACCAACAAAACUCCAUAUGCACAACAGCCCUCUGAGCAAGUGAAGAAGGCCGCAGCUGAUAAAAAAGAUGCUGCUCAUUUGCCAAAGCAGGUGGCAUUCAGAGACAUUCAAAAUGAAACAAGCCGUGGUGCCAAAGACAGCACUAAAGAAGGUAGAGAGGCUGAUCAAAAGAGGGCUGCAACAGCACCAACCAGGGGACUACCUCCAGGUUCUCAAAAUACCCCUCAAGCACCAUCAGCUGAUCUGAGAGUAUCUGACUCGGCACCAAUGAAAGAGGGUGUCAUUAGUGAAGAUGACCAGUUCUCAACUAAGAGGCUCAGAAAAAUGCUUGAGCAAAGUGAUCCAGCAGUACUCAAACCACAGUCAACAGAUAUGCAACCCCCUCCAGUACAGGCAGCUGGCGCAAGAGAUCCUCAAACUCCAAUCACAGCUGAUGAAAGGAGAGCAACUUCACCACCGAAAGGAGGAAUGGCUGCAGAUGAUCGUGGUGCCACUGAGCCACGAAAAUCACCAUCCACCAAUGAGCAACAACCAUCCCCACGGAUGCCAAGCCAAUCACCAGCUGGUGAAAGUGCAGCACCUGCACCACUGCAAGCACCAGCAUCUGAUGGGAAUAAGCCGAUAUCUUCUAAGGAUAGUAGCAAGCAAACAAAUGAAACAUUAUAUUAUCGCAGCUCAGAAACAUCCAGAGAAAUGCCAUCAUCAGCCACUGAGAAGAGCAUGAGACAACAGCAGCUGCAAAGUGACAGGUCCAUUAUAUCGCCGCAAGACAUUGGGAAGCAAGGUUCUGAAGCUGCACCACCGGUGUCUGGAACCGAGAAACUUGGGAGAACUCCAGGACAAGAUUUACUAGAGUCUCAGGAACAAGCCUCCCCUGAUACUCAGCAAGUGAAAAACAACAGAAAUAACAGCAAAUCGGAUGGCUCAAGCAAACCCACCCAGUUUGACGGUAAUAAAGGUGAUGUCCCCGAGUCACAGACGGGUGGCCCGUCAACCAACCUAUAACACAUUUCUAUCACGUCAUCUGGUUGCAGCUUCGUUGUUAUCGUCUUAUCUACCUCCCUAGUUUAACAUACUCGUUAAUAAGGUCCAUUAUCUGUCACCUUUGGACCAAACCAUGCCAGCCAAUUUGUCUACUCCACCUGGUAUAUCGUUACUACUUUUCGAUGGUGCAUUUCUUUGCUGUUCUUUUCCUGAAAAAUGACUUGUUUAGAUGCUCCUUGCAUUAGUAUUGUUUUGAAUAAUGUGAGUGCAACAUUUUGUUCUACAUAAGAACCAUAUGCCUUUGUAUUUAUCCAUA